GUGUUUUUAAAUUUGAAAACGUCUUUUAUUUGUUUUUCAAGGUAUAUUUCAUUUUUGUUAGGUGUAGAUAAUUGACGUAAAUUUUGACUAAAAGGAAAUUUUAAACCUUUUUGUUUCACACUACAUAUUGACUUGGGAGCAUCAUGAUACGCAUUUAAUUGCAAAUCGAUCAAAAAGAAAUUCACGGAACAUAGAUAUUUGUUGAAGUAAAUGUGACCUCCUGCUAAUGUACAGAAUGCAGAUAGUGCAUUUAUUUUGGGGUCUUUGUUAUGUUUUAUUUACUUGCCGAGUUAAUGCUGUUGAAUAUAAUGUCACAUUAUCCCAUGAUGGCCCUGUAGUAUUAGGUGGAACCAUCACAUUCAGAGCUGAUUUGUUUGAAAAUGGUGAAAGACCAUCAGGAACUUUUAAAUAUAAAUGGAAAGAUAAUGCAUUAACUCCACAUGAAUAUGAGACAGAGGAAACAUCGAAUACAACCACAUAUUGGAGUUUAAAUAUUUCACCUGAUAAUUAUACCAUUGGAAUAUAUGAAGUUGAAGUAAUUGUUAAUGGUAAACCUUAUAUAUUUUUAUGGUCAAGGCUGACCAGUGUCCGCACAACAUUUUAUGUAACUGAAUUUCUUAAUGGUGAUAUUGUAAUUAUACAAUCUAAUCAAACAUUAAUGGAUCCUUAUGUUUCUUCUUUAUCUGAAACAAAUAUGACUAUAAAUAUACGUAAAGGAGAUCUGGAUUACUUGAAUAAAGCCACAUCAGUAUUCAUUUAUUGGUUUAUAGACUGCAAAUAUUAUGGUCAAACAAGUGAUUUGUAUUUUCUUUAUAAUUUUACAAAUCCUGAUACAUCACAUAUUGUGGAAGCUUUAGUAGUUGCAUCAUAUGAUUUGUUGACAACAACUACUUUACCUCCGACAACUGUUCCAGUUACAACAACUAUUUCACUUAAUAUAACUGUGCCAAAUACUACAGUGUCAAGUAUCACUACCACAGAGUUAGCAACUACUGUUGUAUCUAAUAGUUAUGCAACUUUAGAUGCAACAACAUCAAUACCUCUCAUUGACACAUUGAAUAGUAGCAUGUCUAGUGUAAAUAAUAUUUCUUUACCUUAUAUCUGUUCAAAUUCUUCAAUAAUUCCUCCAGACCCUAAUAAGACAUAUGGACAUUUUAUUAAAAAAAUUGAUAUUCGUGCACCAAUAAUGAAUAUAUCAGUGGAGGGUACAAAUUGGAUUCAACCAUGGGAUAUGUUAUCUCUUAACGUAACGUGCAAAGGUUCAGGACCUUUCUAUAAGUGCCUUUAUUUUCAUAGAGGAAAGUACAAUGUUACUGGAAAUGAAACGUGUGACAAUGGAGUUCCCAUUUACCCUUGCAAUUUUUCCAUUAUUCAUUAUUUCUUGGAACCUAGCGUAUAUACCAUAUUAAUUAUAUUACAUAACGAUGUUAGCAAACAAAUCUAUCCAUUGACAAUAAAUAUUUAUAAAGUUACAACAAAGCCACAAUUAUCGGUCAUCGUUGUGCCUGUUUCUUGUUCGCUUGCCGCUGUAGUACUCAUUAUUUUUGGUAUUGCUUAUUAUAUACAAAGCAGAGCAAGAUUUACAGUGGAAGUUGCAGAUUUUGACUUUGGCCAAAAUAACCCAGAACUAGAAUAUAAAACAUUUACAGAACGAUUACGGGAUUCAUUCAAUAAUGCCAUUACACCAGGAAGCAAACGGAUAAGUGGUUAUAAGCCUCUUAAUAAUUCUCAAACUCUUCAAUGACGUUUAAGGCGGAAAAAAGAAUAAUUAAAUCAUCCGAAAUCAUUUAAAAAAUCACAAGUGAAUUACAAGGAAGAUUUUAGAAUUGUAUUUUACAAUAUAUUUUUAAGCAUCAGUUAAUUUAAUCUAAAAGCUAAUAUUCUAGCGAUAUAAAUUCAUUCCAAAUAAUUCAUCAUUAAAAUUAAGAUUGUAUAUAGAACAAAUAAAGUUUGUAUACAUAGGCUGUGAAUAUAGUAUGCAACGGGAAUAUUGCUUGUGAGGUUUUGUAGAGGUAAAAAUUUUUAAUAUCAGUUUUAUGAAUUCUAAUCUAUUUUCUGCACGUUUUACAUUUUUAGUUUAAUUUUCAGCUUGAUACGUUUAAUCUUUCAUUAGUAGAUUUCUAAACUACUUAACUUUUCUGUUGUAAGCAAAGUGCUAAAUUAACACGCAGUUGUGUAAGUAUAAGUUAUAAGUAUAGAUCUCUCAAGUGAGAAAUUUGGUAAAAAAAAUGUGUAAACGUACUUUGAACAAUAUAUGUCUAAAACAAUUCUA